AUGGGUGACGGAGAAGAGGAUUUCUCUUCUUUGCCAUUGCCGGACCGGUUCUCGCAUAAGAACUGGAAAGUCAGAAAGGAGGGUUACGAGGAUGCCAAACAGCAGUUUGAGAAAUCACCCGAUGAAUCUGAUCCCGUAUUCACACCGUUUUUACAAGAUCCCGGCUUAUGGAAAGGAGCUGUCGCAGACUCCAAUGUUGCGGCCCAACAAGAGGGCCUCGGGACGUACUGCUCCUUUUUAAAAUUUGGUGGUGUCCAGGCUUGUACUAGAACCCGCGCACACACCGUCUUCCCCAUCGUCGAAAAGGGUCUUCCGUCUACGAGACCAGCAGCGAAGGCAAAUGCGCUCGAGGCCCUGUUAUUAUGUGUCGAGAUGGAUAAGGCGGACCCAGUGAUUGAAGAAAUGCUGCCCGGGUUGUCACACAAAGUUCCUAAAGUGAUUGUUGCGACAUUGGUUGGGGUGAAGACCAUUUACCAUAAUUUCGGCUGCAAAAUCGUCGAUCCUAAGCCAGUGCUGAAGGCCCUACCCAAAGUUUUUGGGCAUGCGGACAAGAAUGUCCGCGCGGAAGCGCAGAACCUCACAGUGGAACUGUAUCGGUGGUUGAAAGAAGCCAUCAAGCCCCUCUUCUGGGGGGAUUUGAAAACAGUUCAGCAACAGGAUUUGGAUAAAUUGUUCGAAGGCGUAAAGCAAGAGCCACCACCAAAACAAGAGCGAUUUACUAAAGCACAGCAAGAUGCGAUGGCAGCCGCCAGUGCUGCCCCUGAGGGCGGCGAAACCGUUGAAGGAGAGCAAUAUGAAGAUGAUGGUGACGAAGUUGACGGUUUUGAUCUUGCAGAACCAGUGGAAAUCUUGCCCAAGGUCCCCAAUGACCUUCUAGAUCAAUUAUCGUCAUCGAAGUGGAAAGACAGAAAGGAUGCCCUGGACGCACUGUACACGGCACUAAACGUGCCAAAAAUCAAGGACGGCCCAUAUGAUGACAUAGUCCGUGCGCUGGCCAAAUGCAUGAAAGAUGCCAACAUUGCAGUGGUGACCGUGGCUGCCAACUGCAUUGGUUUAUUUGCAAAAGGUCUUCGAAGCGGCUUUUCCAAAUACCGUCAGACGGUCUUAUCGCCCAUGAUGGAGCGUUUGAAGGAGAAAAAGCAAAGUGUAGCGGAUGCCCUAGGCCAAGCGCUGGACUCUGUUUUUAUUUCCACCAACUUGUCAGAAUGCCUGGAGGAAAUCCUCGGUUUUCUCACGCAUAAGAACCCCCAGGUGAAGCAGGAAACACUCAAAUUCCUUAUUCGCUGCCUCCGUACUACCAGGGAUAUUCCAGCCAAACCAGAAGUAAAGUUGAUUGCUGAGGCAGGCACAAAACUCCUGACUGAAUCUAGUGAAGUUAAUCGUGCAGGUGGAGCAGAGGUCCUUGGUACGCUGAUGAAGAUAAUGGGUGAGCGGGCGAUGAAUCCCUACCUUGAUGGACUAGACGAUAUCCGCAAGACGAAAAUCAGGGAAUACUUCGAAACCGCUCAAGUCAAAGCAAAGGAUAGGCCUAAGCCAGUUGUUGGCCCACCCAAGGCUGCGCCUGGAGCAGCAGCUGGGAAGAAAGUAGUUGGGGGAAAGAAACCAGCCUUGGGAAUUAAAAAACCUACUCCCGCGUCGGCUCCGCUUGCUGCCGAAGAGCCAGCAUCAGCUCCUUCUCCCUCCAAACCUGCCAUCAAAUCAAUCCCAUCAAAACUGGGAGGCGCGAGGUCUGGCGGUCUUCCUCCGCCUGGGUCAGGCCUGAAACUGCAAAAGAAACUGGGCGGCCCGGGAGGACUCGCAUCGCCGCAACAACGGCGGGUUGUUUCACCACCUUCAGAAGACCAACCCCCCGCCCCUGCUGCUCCUAAGUUUGGCCUUACGAGGGGACUUGCGGGCCGGCCAAUAACUAAACCAGUGGCUACCAGUGAGCCUAACCCUACACCGGCAGCCACCCCGCAAAUAAGUGAAAUGUCUGCCGCUGAACGGGCUGAAUUAGAAGAAUUACGUCUCGAGAAAGAACGAUUCAUCAAGAUGGUGGAAGAUUUGAAGUCGGAGAGGAGCAAACUUAGCUUACAAGUGACUGAGUUACAAAACCAGAAUGCGCAGCUCAUCGAAGAUCAUACAAGAGAUGUGCUUGGUAUCAAGGCCAAGGAAACCCAGCUAGUUCGGGCACGAAGUGAUGCGGAAACUGCCGAGCAGACUGUGCAGAAGCAGCAGCGAGAAAUUGAGCGCCUGAAGCGAGAGCUUGCAAGGGCACUCCGUGCAAGCGCGAUGAGUCCUCCCAAUACAAUUCCAGACAGCAUCAACCUCCCUAUUCCGGAAACAGCCUCGGUAUACCAAGACCCAAGUAGCAACGCCCAUGGGGCGAUGUCACGAGGUGGUUUGCAUAUGGGAUCACGCUUCGAUAGUUCACGACCACGGAGCUAUGCAUCGGCUAGCCCCAGCGAAGAAAAGGAAAACAAUGGCCUGGACUCUCCAGGACUAAGCAGCCGAGAUGGCGGCUUUGGUCGACGCAAGCUUAGCCCUACGUUUGGCACCGCUUAUUCCGGUAUGGGCAGCCCGACCCGAUCAUCGAUGUUAGGUUCCAGCAAUGCCUCUGGAGAGGAACAAUCCAGAAGCACAGAACCGGCGGAGAACUGGAAGAGAGCCGCGGAAGUCACGAGCCAACUCAAAGCGAGAAUUGAGCAAAUGAAGGCCAAACAAGGACUUUCACGAACACCUGCGCAGCGCUAA